GACGUCACUCGGCGUGCGCCGCGGCCCUGCGCACGUGUCGCCGCCAUGAGCUGCCCGGUGACGUGCGCCGCUUGGGUGCGCCGCGGCGUUGCCAAGGAGACGCCGGAUAAGGUGCAGCUCAGCCGGGAAGAGCUGAGGCGGCUCGUCGGGGAGGCCCGCGGCAGGCUGCGGGAGGGCUCUGAUGGCAGCGAUGAAGAAGAUGAAGGCCAGCCAGCAGGUGGCAUGGAUGUUGCCAUUGCUGACAGGGUUGAAUCACCUCCUGACAAUGAAGAGCAGGAGGAAAGUGCUGAAAAGCUGACUGAUGAUGAACUGGCUGAGUAUGAUUUAGACAAGUAUGAUGAAGAGGAAGAUGGAGGUGAUACCAAACUUGGAGAGACUUUGGCUGGUCUGGCAGUGUAUGGAAGCAACGAUCAGGAUCCUUAUAUCACUCUGAAAAACACUGAUCAAUACGAACAGGAGGACUUUUUGAUUAAGCCCAAUGACAAUCUUGUCCUUUGUGGCAGAGUCGAUAAAGACUACUGUAGUUUGGAGGUCCAUGUUUAUAAUCACGAAGAAGACUCAUUUUAUGUACAUCAUGAUAUUAUCUUGCCUGCUUAUCCUCUGAGUUUGGAGUGGUUGAAUUUUGAUCCCAAUCCUGAGGAAUCAUCAGGAAAUUAUGUUGCAGUGGGUAACAUGACCCCAGUUAUUGAUAUUUGGGACCUUGAUAUAGUGGACUGUUUAGAACCUGUCUUUUCUCUGGGGAGCAAGAAAGAGAAAAAGAAGAAAAAGAAAGGGAAGAAAGGUUCAUCUCAGGAAGGGACAAUGGAAGGACACACUGAUGCUGUUCUCGAUCUCUCAUGGAAUAAACAAAGCAGGAAUGUUUUGGCAAGUGCUUCUGCUGACAGUACUGUGAUUUUGUGGGAUAUGUCUGUGGGCAAACCAGCAGCCAGCCUGACACUACACACAGACAAGGUCCAGACAUUGCAGUUUCAUCCCUUUGAAACUCAGACCCUUAUUUCCGGAUCUUACGAUAAAUCAGCUGUGCUGUAUGAUUGCAGAAGCCCACAAGAUAACCAUCGAAUCUGGCGGUUUAGUGGUCAGGUUGAAAGAGUAACUUGGAAUCAUUUUUCACCUUGUAAUUUCUUAGCAAGCACAGAAGAUGGCUUUGUAUACUGCCUGGAUGCUCGCUCUGAUAAGCCGCUGUUUACUUUGAAGGCUCAUGAUGAAGAGGUAUCAGGGCUACAACUAAGUAGUCAGGUCAAAGGGUGCCUUGUGACAUCAUCUGCUGACAAAUAUGUGAAAAUUUGGGAUAUCCUGGGAGGCAAACCAAGUUUAAUCCAUUCCAGGGAUAUGAAAAUGGGUGUUCUCUUCUGCGCAGCUUGCUGCCCUGACUUCCCAUUUGUUUUUGCCUUUGGAGGAGAACGAGAAGGGCUGCGUGUCUGGGAUAUAAGCAGCAUUUCUGCAGUGAAUGAAGUUUUUGGAAACAGAGAGAGACUUGUUCUGGCUGGUGCAGACUCUGUGGCUUGCAGCUCCUUGGCUGGUAGUAGCAGCAACAGUUCAGAGACGGCGAUGGAAUCAUGAUGGACCAAACCUCACAAAAUCAAAGUAACUGAAGGGACUACAGCUCAGGUGUAUUUUACCAAUUCCCCUGUUUGGAGAGCGUUUGUGGAAGUGCAAACUGCAGGCUUCUUUAUCUCAAAGAAACAUGGAUACGUGGGUCAGCUCCCAAAUCUGCAGUUGCGAGUUCUGCCUCUCUCACCAGCUUCAAAAGACUGAAUCACUUCCAUAUGCUUGAGUUUGCAAUCCUUGAAUUAGGGGCUGCUGGGUGUGGAGUUGAUAUACAAGAUGAAAUCGUUGCCAGGAAAGCAUUCUGCUGCCAGAGGUUUGUCAAAUAUUGCAAAGAAGGUAAAUAUCUCCUGAUGGUGUUAAGGAACAAAGCUACACAACUGUUGGCUGAAAUGGCAGCUGUAAAUAGUCAGAUAACUUAUCCUUAAUUUGAGAUGGAUUGACUAAAAUUCUAAUACAGAUUUUAAGCUUUUUUCAUAUUUAAGUUUUUUUUUAAAUCUUAAGAGUAUUUCUUAGGUAGUAUGUCUGAGUCCCUGAGUAGAAUCGUGGAAUGUAUCACUUGAGACCACCGAAAUCAAACCAGAAACAUCUCUGCUGUCCCACCAUGACUGAGGGUUUUUUCCCCUGGUUCCCUUUAAGUCAGUGAUUAGGUUGACACUCAGUUGAUUUAUAGCAGCAGAAACCUCUUUAAGGCUCCUCACAUUUAAAAUGAGCACCAGGUGCCUUACUGUAGGCCAGAAGAUGUUAAAUGGAUACUCUUAACUCAUGUGAGGUUCUUCCCUUGCCACCUAUUGGAAGGUGUUUAUUAAAGGUGUCUGUUAAAGCACUACUGCUGCAAAACCCCUGGUUAUUAAAACAACUGCUCUCACAGACAGUGGGGUCAGCGCACACAGUCUACAAGCUGUUAUGGCUGCUUUCCACCCUGGCUCAUUGUAACUUCCUCUGGUCAUUAGCAGACAAAUGAUUGGCAUAGGCCCCUCUAGGGAAGAGGUAGAGCUGUAGGUUUCUGUCCUAACCUUUGAAAUAAGUGCCUGCUUCUCACUUCAGCUUCAGAAGGCUCUUUCCAACAUAAAUGAUUCUAUGAUGCCAGUUCAGCUGUUCCCAGGCUGGUGCCAGGUAUUCAGAAUGGCUCUGCAGAAACCAACAAACAAUUCUUGCAUGUGCCAGGAGCCAUGCCUCACUCUGCCAGGCCCCAGUGAAUGGGUUGGUGAAUCUGAAGGUAAAAGCACCAGAACCACCUCUGGUCAUGUGCUGUGCACUGAAAAACUGCAAGCUUUUCCGAGCUUUCAUUUGAAAUAAAUGCUUCAUGUUAAGCUCA